AUGUAAUAAGAAAUUUAUAAAGAUAGAACAGCAGCAAAUGAAAAUACUUAAUAAAUCAAAGCAGCAGAAACAUUAUAAUCCCUAGUACAAUAUGUGAAUGAUCUCACUGAAAUCGUUAAUGAAGUCAAACUCAAGAAUCAGGCAGAGUUUAUUCUUGCAUAUUAAAGUCAUAUGAAAAAAAUUAAGGCUGAAUUAGAAGAAUUAAAAUACAAAACUGAAGAACAAAAAAAUAGUAUGGUCUUAAAUAAAGUUAAAGCAAUUUCAAAUGACAACGAAUUGACACUGUUUCGAUAAGAAUGUCUUAAAUUAUACGAAAAAAUAGAGUAAAAAAAUAAAGAAAUUUAAGAACUCAAAUUCACAUUACAAGAAUCCAAAAAGACAAAUGAGUUUCUUGAAUCCUAAAUUAAAGGGUUGAUGAAAAAACUCAAAUUGCAAGAAAUCGAGAGAUAACAAUAACCAACACCUUCAGUAGAUUAAAUCUUUUGUACUACUGCUCCUACUAAUCAUUUUAAGGUCCUUAAAAGGAAAUUAACAGACUAUUAAUCAAAAUUAGACAUAUCUUCAUCAUUAACAAAACAUCAUUAUGCUUCUAUUAGAGAAUUAUUUGAUUCUGAAUAUAAUUAGAAGGAUGAAGAAUUAAUAGAAAAAAUAUCCAAAUAUGUUAGUUAGAUAGAACAGAAAUACUAAAAGUAAAUAUAAGCAUUGAAUUAAAAAGCUAAUAAUCUAUUAAUUUCUCAAAACAAGAAAAGUGUCAUUCGAAGUGAUCUUGAAUCAUUCUUUUUAGAUUGUGUAGAGACUGUCAGAAGAGAUAUUUUAAAGAAAAAAAGACCCUUUGGAACUAAUUAAUAGUUGCAGGCUUCAAUGGAACAUAUUUCCGAUUUUUCUCAAUUUCAUAAAGAGGACAAAUUAAAAAUACUGGAACUUGUAGUUAGUAAUGAAAAAAUAUUAGUCUUCUUGUACUAAAAAUUAUUCCCUAAUCAUGUUAAUUUAGUCAUAAAAUCGAUCAGAGAAGAUGUCCAUAUCAAUAACUUCUUAGAUGAAAGUGUUAAGUGUGACUCUUCAAAUAAAAAUCAUAGAUCUGGAGAUUACAAAACAGAUUUCCCAAAAACAACUAGGGAAGUUCGUUCAGCUUCAUUGAAUAAAUAAUUGGAAGUCAAAAAAGGGAAACUAUUAUUUAAAUAAUAUUGA